AUGACUUCCUCUUCCUUUGCGUAUGUGCAGGGUAAUGAACGCUUAGACUGGGGUGUACUUGUGGCUAUUGACUUGCAGCGCCUCACAAAGGACACCAACGUUGACACGCUUCAGCGCGUAGUGGAAAAUUUGGCAUUCUCUCACAUCACCCGAGAUGAAGCCGCAAUGUUUUCACCAGAGCACAUUCAACACCUCUUUAAGCUCACACAAAUCGUUAUACAGUACUUAGUCUUCUCGCAGGAGUGCUUAGGCAAGUUGAAUGCGCGACUAAAUAAUCAUGUAGGGGAGCUCCGUGGCGCCGUGGAUGCUUUGGAAAAGACGAAUACAAAGCUUCUCGAUGACCAGGAGGUGCUCAAAAAGGAAGUAAAGGCGCAGCGGCGGACGUUGCUUGCCUAUGAGUACACCGCCGCGGGCACUUCAAAGGGAAAAAACCACCCCGACACGCGCAGGACGUCGGGGACCUUGCACAGCAGCCCCCCUCAAGCGACCUUCGUUUGCUCAACCUGCGGCGAGGCGUACCACAAGGUGGAGUCGCUCCAAUCGCACGUGCGGAAGCGUCAUGGCACGGCAUUGCCAAAGGCUGGGGUCGCCAAUGCGACCACGGGGGGGGAAACCUCUACGGCGGAUGCCCUUCGCCAUGAGGCGGAACUUAAACGAAUGCAGGAUCGCAUCGAGAAUCUUGAGCGGCAGCUUGAGAAGGAGCGCGACGCCGCCUCGGGCCAGCAGCACGACAAGAUGAUGCAACUCCUUAUUCAACAGAUCAGCAACCUCAAAAGUUCAUCUAGAGAAAAUGCGGCGAACUCUCAGCAGCCAUCAGCACUAUCACCACCCCUUGCAACCAUGCCGGGCGUGGCAUCACCCACAACUUCGGUGAUGGUGCGGCCAGAACCAAACACCCCGCGAACCCCUCCUACAACACAUGGUAAUGUGUUGUCGAGAACAGGAGAGUCCCUGUCUACCAUCCCAGUUGUGCCAGACCUUGCGGCCAUGACGGAAUACAAUCUCUCCCGGCAGCGGCAGACCGAACAUGCCACCUUGGUACGUCAAAUACACGAUCUAGAAAAAGAACUUAGAGAUCUGAAGCAAGUAGCGCAUGAAAAAGUGGAAGUGGAACCAAAGCCUAUCCCUAUUCUCACGACAUCGUCACCUCCCUCGGAAGGGCACAAAUUAACCCCGGUAAAGACUUCUCUGGGCAGUCAAGAACCGCCCGUCAGCACUUCUCCUUUGAAGCCACCAAUUGUUAAGCCAGACAUCGUUAACACCAUCCCAAUCAUGCCUCCUGCCGAGAUUCACAAGAAGCUUCCAACUUCGCUACCCAUCGUACCACCGCCACACACAACGACCGUGGUCCAGGCACCGUAUACUACCAUUCCGAAGCCACCAUCGGCGGUGUCGACAACCCCCACCCAACCCAACAUCCCCAUCCCAACCCCGAAGCAGGACCACACCCCUAUCCUGAAAUGGAUGCCGGAUGCCCAACCGCAAACCCCUGCGGCGGCGGCCGAUUCUCAGGCCCCGUGGCGCCAGAAGGAGUACUCCAUCAGUCUCAGCAGCUCCACAAGCACUUCCCUGACGGCGCGGCCGAAUGACCCCCCUCGUAAGAGCGCUGGGGUUGACAUGGCGCCGGUGUUGGACCCCGCGACCUCGACGAGCUACUCCUUUCUGAGCAGCGCCACCGGCGUCAAGCCGACGCCCGUGAGGGUGCCGCUCCCCACGACACCGACGACCGAGGGCACGGCCAUCCCGAUCCCUACCCCGGCGAUGCCCGUGAUGCCAGGCCAACCUGCCUACGCCGCCGCGCGGGGCGCGACCACCGGCGCGAUCGCGGUGACGCCGAAUCCCCAUCCUCCGACCUUGAGUGCGCUCUGUCAGAGACUCGAUUCAAGUGAUUCUGACGAUAGUAGUAGCUGA